AUGGAUCAAAAUCCUAUUCCGCCACCGGGACAGACCAUUGUCCGAGUUCUGGGAGAUUCCGAGACCGAUUUGGAGGCGUUAUUUAACGCCGUGAUGAACCCCAAACCAGGCGCUGUCCCGCACCAGGUGCCCAUGAGGAUGAGGAAACUGCCCGAGUCUUUCUUCAAGCAACCGGACUCCGGAUCGCACUCGCGUCAGUCCAGCACCGACUCCAGCAGCAACUUGCCCCAGUUCCAGGUGCAGCACAUCCGAUCGCACUCAUCCCCGGCCUCUCUGCCCGUCAGUGCUAACCCGAACUCGCAGCCGUACGCCCACCUCCGGCAGCAGUCCUUCGACAACAUAGACGAUGUGCCGCUGCCCCCUGGUUGGGAAAUGGCCAAAACGCCGUCAGGCCAGAGAUAUUUCUUAAAGUUCUUCAAGGAGCUUGAGGCCAGGUACCAACAGAAUGCCCUGAUACCUGAUAUCAGUGACAUUGUUGAGAAACAUGCCACAUGUACCUUUGAACCCUAUGUAACGUACUGCUCCAAUGAGAUCUACCAGCAACGCACACUGGAGAAACUCCUGAAUACAAAUCCAAACUUCAAAGAAAUCCUGACGAAGAUUGAAGCCCAUCCUGAGUGCAGGAACCUGCCAAUGAUUUCAUUUCUCAUCCUCCCAAUGCAGCGGGUGACGAGGCUACCGCUGUUGAUGGAUACCAUUUGCCAGAAAACGCCGAAAGAGUCCCCAGAGUACGAAUGUGCCAAGAAGGCUUUGCAAGCAGUUAGCAAGCUGGUGCGACAGUGUAAUGAAGGGGCAAGGCGAAUGGAGCGCACAGAGAUGAUGUACACUAUCAACAGUCAACUGGAGUUUAAAAUAAAGCCAUUUCCCUUGGUCUCUUCCUCUCGAUUUUUAUCCAAGCGAGGUGAGCUCAUGGGCUUCGUUGAGGACACAGGAAUUUUUUCCAAACGCAUGUCAAGGCAGCAAGUGUACUUCUUCCUGUUCAAUGAUGUCCUUAUUGUCACAAAGAAGAAAAGUGAGGACAGCUACAGUGUGACUGAUUAUGCCAUGACAGACCAACUCCAGGUGGAGCCCUGUGAGGCUGAGGAACUGAAUCUGUCUCCUAUGAAGACUGCUUCAGGCAUGUUGUAUUCCCGGCAGAGUUCUGUCAACCACCUCUUUCGGCUCACCAUGCUGAGUAACCACGCCGGAGAGAAGGUCGUGAUGGUGUUUGGAGCAGAAUCACCGAGCGACCGAGCACGAUGGUUCACGGCCUUGGGGCAAAAGGGCGCUGAAAGACAACGCCCAGACAGGACAACCUUGACCCAGGUGGAGAUCACCAGAACAUACCCAGCCAAACAGCCCGAUGAGCUGUCCCUCCAGGUCGCUGACGUGGUCCUGUUGUACCAGACUGUGGAGGAUGGCUGGUAUGAAGGUGAGCGUCUGCGAGAUGGUGAAAUAGGUUGGUUUCCAAUGGAGUGUGCCAAGGUCAUCACUUGCCAAGCCACGAUCAGUAAGAACAUGCAACGUAUGGGCCGUUUGCUGGGACUGGAGACAAACGUCUAAGAGAGGGCAGGAGUGGGCACAGGUUACGAAGGGCUCGGAAUUCUCUGCUCCGCCAUUCACUGAGGACGACAUGCUCAUGGCCUCACAAAGGGUCGAUCCUGGGUCUUUGCAUCGUCUUCCUGGGAGAAAGUCGCCCAAGAGAAUUCUCUGUGACGUGGACUUGAACAUUUGAAAGGACCAUUGGGGCUGUGGCAGGGGCACAGAUGGGGGAGGGGGUCACAGAUCAUUAAUUGUCACGCAGUUGAAAAAGUCCCAGGCUGAAUGCCUUGUCUAAUGUUGCACUUGGACCUCUGCAAAUCAUCGUUGUCACCGCCCAGUGAAGUGGAGGCUGGAUUGUUUUGUUUAAGUGGACGAGUAAGGAAAGAACAUUGGAUAGAGCAGCAAAAUCCAGAAGCUUUUUUUUAAUUGAAAGCAGCAAUUGGACAAGUAUUGUAAUUUCUUCAUGUAAAUAAUGGACAUAUUUUAAGCAAAGGUAUUGCUGCUGGACCAUUUAUCAGAUAUUCAAAACAAUGAAGUCAACUACAGGGAUAUCCCCACUAUGUGUUUCUCUGUUGUUAAUGUGAUUACAAAGCACUGAAUAAAGAUGCAGUUUUAUUAUUAAAAAAAA